UUUCAUUUUGUUUUCACACACACACACACACCUCCAUCUCCCAAAUCAAGACAAUUCUUUUCCUUUUCUUUUUUAAUUUUUUCUCAAAAUUAAAACUAGAAUGGCUCAGCUGCCGCCGUUGGUGGAGCCGCCGCCGGUGGUGGAAGCAGAAUCGGGGCACUCCACACGCCGCUCGAUCGAGACUCUGGUGGUGGUGUUGGCGGCGAUCACGAUCAUUGCAGUCGUCGCCGGAAUAAUUGCUCGUCUUUGCGGCGGACAGCACUCCGGCGGCGACCAUGAUGUGGAGGGAUGGGUCGAGAGGAAGUGCCGCAGCUGCAUCGACGGCGGCGUGCCUACGCCUCCGCCUCCACCGCCGCCGGCCAAGGAGGAGGAUCCAAAACCGGCAGGAAAUGAAGAAGCAAAGAAGUGAGAAAGGAUUAUGCAUCAAAUUUUUUGUAUCUUACUUCUAAUUAUUUUUUAAACUGUAAAAUUCUCCAAUACCCAAAAAUAUGGAUAUAUUUAGUCCAUUCGUUACUAUUUUUUUUCCA